AUGAUUAAAAUCGAUAAAAAAGAUAUAGUAACAGCUUUAAGAUCAGUAUUUACUAAGGAUUAUCUUCAAAGACUAGCUAAUGCAAUUGCAGGAAACGCGGCAAAACGUUUUGUUGAAGUAGUAAUGAAAAACUUGGAACUACAGCGUAAUGAUGAAUUUGAAAGAUCAAUGAAUGAAAAAGCAAGCAAACAUAGCAAAGGUAUGAAUGGAAUGGGCAAACGCAAUAUCCUGCAGCUGUUGAAGAAACCGUCACCGGAUGGAGACAACUUGGACUCGGAAACUGGAAUAAGCAAGGAACAAACUGACGACGAUAAGGAGCAGAUACCAGUAAUUGGCGUUAUGAAGAUCAACGGAGUUUAUUAUAGGCGAUUGUUAGGUCUAUUGUAA